AUGGCUAUCGACACAGACGUGGUGGCUGAUGCCCCCAACCGAGAGUCAGAGAAGCAAGAAGACGGCUCUAUCCCCCUCGUUGGAGACGCGGACGAGAGCGAGGAUGAAGACGAAGACCCAUCCUAUGACAAAACCUUCCACCCUCACCGAAUCACUCUUCCCACCUUCCGCCGCUUGCUCGCCUGCUAUGCAACCACUGCGGAGCAGGUAUAUCGGCGCAAGAUGAUGAUCAAGUUGCAGCCCAAGCCGACAAAGGGGUCGCUGGCCAAGUCGAAGAAGGGGGCGGGCUCUGCGUCUGCCACCGCCACAGGCGCAGCUCUGAUUCAGAAAACGGAUUCCAAUGCCGCUGAGGAGCUGUAUAUCCAGACUGAGACUGACAAAUAUCUCGAAUUAGACCAGUUGCGGUAUGAGGGGCUUCCCAAGAAGGUCGCGGAGAGGAAGACAGGAGAUGAUGGGAAGGAGAAGAACGGGUAUUUGAUUAAAGACGAGUUGGUUUCUAUUAUGGAGUGGAAGCUGAAACACGGCGUGGCCCGUCCCACUCUCAUGGGAUAUAUCAAAGCCAACCAGGCCAACCUCGUGCGAGAAUCCACUGCCACAGCGCUUUCCGCACUUCCUACCGCAGACCCCAUGCUCUACCCAGACGAGGCAUUCCCACGACCUAGUCUGGACGCACUCACUAAGCCACUGCGCGGCAUUGGCCCCGCCACAGCAUCAUUGAUCCUGUCCAUCUCCACGGCUGAAGGCGAUGCCUCGCACCAAAUACCAUUCUACAGCGACGAUGUGUAUCUUUGGCUAUGCCUAAAGGAAUUCCCGGAGCCCGAAGAUGCGCAGAAACCCCAGUCUUCGAUCAGCAGCGGCGGAGCAAGCGUGGAAACAAACCCAAAGAAAAAGCCAUCAAAGUACAAGCGGCCGAACGGAGAGCUGAACAUCAAAUACAACGUGAGCGAAUAUCGAGAGCUGUGGAAUGCCUCGUGGGAGCUUCGCGAGAGAUUGAACCGCAGCAUGGGUACCUCCGGCCAAAACGAUGGUGAAAGCGAGGAGGACGAGGCUGCGCAGCCCAUUUCUCACAAUGAUAUUGAGAAAGUAGCCUUUGUGCUUCGCAACGUCGCCUUCUCGGGCUUCUACCAGGAUCAAAAUCCAGAGACUCUUUUAAAGGCGCGCACGAAGAUUGAGAAGGCCAAUCAGCCUCCUCCGGAUGAUACGCCGAAGGGAAAUAAGAUCAGCAAGAAGCGGAAGCAUCAGGAAUAA